CGAUGAGGCUCCGUCUCUCGGUACAGCGGAACACGCUGCCUCCAACGGAUGUUCUUUGGACGGUCUCAGACGACCAGGUCUCCCAGAAGGCUUUCACUAUUGCACGACUGCUCGACGACGUCAAUCGGAUUGUCCCACUGGAGUCAGACACCUGGGGUUUGGAGGACUAUGUGGUCACGGUUGGUGGAUACGAAUGUCUUCACUUUGCGCAAGUAGGCCAUGUGUUGAAGGACGAAGACAGGGUCAGCGUGAGAUCGCUACAGACUCCCGAAGUCAGGGCACGCACAUUGGCCGGCCGGUGCCAGAUCUCAGAAGGUGGGCAGCAUCUCGUCGACGGCAUUCCCUUCGGCCGGCCUCAUCUGAGGGAUCCGAAUCGCCCACCAGUCCGCAUACCACCACGUAAACGACGCAGGAUUACCGAAGAAGUGGAGGUUGCCGUGUAUGGAGAGUUAGUCGAUAAUGAGGAAGCACAACCAAACGGCAUGAUACCCCAACACUGGAAGCUUGCGUUGAAUGCCCCCGAGGACAACGAGGAUGAUGAGGACGGGAAUUAUACUUCAGGCCUAGCUGCUGGAAAGCCGAAGAGUACAGUACCGGCAAAACGACAGAAGAGUGUGCGCUUUGAUUCUCUGCCUAUCUCACAGGAGCUGGUCACGCUUCCCUUUGAGGAUGAAGACGAUUCAGAGGACUACAACCCGGAUCAAGACAUGGAUACAUCGGAGACGUCAGAGGAGGACUCGGACAACAGUGACUCUAGCGCGAGCGAAAGCGACUCCGAUGAUUCAUCUUCUGCUUCAUCGUCGUCGUCGUCCGACUCGGAGUCUUCGUCUUCUGAUGACGAGGAAAGUAAUAAUUCUCUCCCCGAUGAGCUGCCAUCCAAACUACCGCCGAAUAAACUUUUCAAGGACGACAUCACGAGCACGGCAGACGAGUCUGUCAAAGCUCAACAGAACACACCACCCGGCACGGGAAAGGCCCAGACACGGGAAAGAAAUAAGAGGAGACGUGAAAGCAAAAAGACCUAUCUCUUAAAGCACUAUGGCCUCCUGGCUCAAGAUGCGACAAGGGAUGACUUCAAAAAGCUCAGGGAGACAAUGACGGAGGAAGAGUUAAAUGAGAAAGCACUCUCUGCAAAGCUUGCUAAUCCUACGUUGGCGGCGAUGCCUGUUCAUACUUCAAUUUACGACAAAGAUAAGAAGCUUCAAGCUCAAUCAAACAUCAAUUCUACGAAACCCAACGACAGGGACAAGAAAACCAUCGAGCUACGUGCCCGGAACUUGCUUAACGCUAUCGAAAACGGUGGUAUAGAUGUCACGCCCGAACACCCGGCGAAACGUCGCAAUUCCAAGAAGGGUACACUGCCCAAGCCUACUGGAGACGAUAGCGGGGAUCUUCAUGCAAUUUCUAGUCACGACAAAGCCUUUACUAGUAUUGGGGAUAGCGCUUCUAAGGAAACGAGCAGUGGCCAGCAAACGGCCACGGAAAACGAAACUCCAGAGCAACCGGCCGCUAAACGGGCGCGACUGGAUCUCGCCGGAUCUCGACGCUUGCUUUUCGGAUCUCUUGGUGUUCGAACGCCUAAGUCGAAGGAGGACGAAGAAAAGCUACGGAUUCGUCUGGCAGCCAAAGCGAAAUCUCCUGGGAAAGCUAAAACGACCGUCGAACCCGAGAAGGAUGAAGAGCUGAGCGACCUAGAAGAUUCCGAUGCUUGGAAAGAGAAGAUCAAUUUGACCGCUUUCGAGUGCUGGUACGAAGACGUCGAACUAAGCACCCCGCCUUUCCCAUUUGUUCAGCGGUGGGACCCCCAGCAGAAGCUCAAGAAUGAUCGCAAGGCCUCAAAGGGAAAGAAGCGAAAGAGGGCGAAUGCUCAGUACUAUGACGUCGGAGAGAAGAUGUACGGGGAAUUCCGCCAGGAAGGUGACCAGGGCGAGGGAUCAAGCAACGUGCAGCUGAACUACGAUGACGAAGAAGACCAGAACAUCGCUGGUGAAGGAGAUGAUGAGGCGAUUGCCCUCGAGACUCAACUGCAGCAGGAUAUGGAAGGCGCUGCCAGUCGUGACGACUUACCGACCCCUCCUGCCGACCUAUCUACACUAGCCGACUUGACCUAUGAAGAUGUUAAGAAGGGCACCAUCAUUGUCUUCAAGGAACUUGUUGUCAGUCUUGAAACAGGAUGGAAACCAACCAUACUUCCCCACCGCACUGCGAUCGUCGUCGAUAUUGAACCCGACCAACGAAGGAUCUUCUUGGCGUUAGCGCAGCGAGAUCAGUCCAAGAGGACUAUCAAUUAUGAUGCCAACGGCAAUCGCAUAUACGAGCAGUUCGAAAUGGCGCACUCGGAUAGUGAAGGCGACAGCGAGGAAGAUGGUUGGCUCUCUCUUACGUUUGAGGAGCUUUUGGAGGCGAAGCUCUUGCAACAACCCUCCGGGGAGGCCAAUGAUUCAGAAGCCGGAUUGAAUGAAGAGAAGGCCAGCGACGACGUGAAUAUAGAGGACACGCAUAUUCCCCCAACCUCUUCGCCAGAACCCCACUUGUCACUUGGCCAGCAUUAACACAUGCUUCUCGAGAGCAGUGGUAGCCCUAGCGUUGCCGUGAGUAGGGAUCAGGACGGAUCGACAUAGGGCGAAUCAUCCCAGAUCAUCCUAGUAAAUGCAUGCAUUAAUACGUCUGUCAAUAUUUUCUUCUUGCCGGUAAGAGUGCCUUACAGCACUUUCCAGACUCUGAACGGAAAUAAAGUUCAUCACACUUUUGAACAUUUGUAAACUAGCCAAGUCACUUCAAGUCGGUAUUUUCAACCGCUCAAGUGGAAAGAUAAAUACAGAAUCAUGA